AUGGCAAUGUCACAAGGUAAACAACAUGGAGGACGACAACGACGGCGUCUUUGCUGAAACAGUAGAAAAGUUUCGCACAUAUGAAGACUUCCUAGAUUCUCAGAUAAAACCUUUGGAUCUGUUUUACCUUGAGGAUCAGGAACUGGCCCGCCAGCUGGUGGAGCUGGGCCACAAGGGUAGCAGUUUGGAAAGGGAGGAAUUUGAGACAAGGAAAGCAGCUGCCGAGGCCUCCAGGCUUGCUUCAGGGAGCCAACAGAAGAAGCUGGCAAGUACAGGAAAAGAACUCAAAGAUAACUUCCUGAGAGCCCUGGCGGAGCGGGAGGAGGCUAACCGCAGUGGGGAAACGACUUCCAUCAUUUUCAUAAGGGACCGAAAUUCUCGUGGACAGGAAAUAUCUGGGUAUAUAGACUACUCCCACCGACUCAAAUUCGAAGACUUUGAACCAUAUUUUAGCGGAAAGGAAAGGUUUUUGCCAAAAACAACUGACUUAAGCUUCUACAACUGGGGAACGCAGGUGGCCAAACAUAAUGCCAGCUCAAACUAUGAAGUAAUCACAGAAAAUCCAAGCGGUCUGCUCUUUCAGUUCAAGAAAGAUCUGAAAAUCUUGAAUGUUGACCCAGAGGCAAUACCUGGUGAUAGCUUCAUCCGAAUUCCUGUCCAAUCUGACCUAUAUGUGCAUGUUGUCAUUUAUGACCAUGUCACCAGAAAAGACGAGGACAGCGCCAGAACAGCACAACGUCUGGAUGUAUAGAAUGCGUUUUUUUUGCUAUAUUGAUACAUUGACUGAUUCAUUUUAUAAAAUAUUGAAUAAAAUAAGUCAAUGUACUGA